UCCGGGUCUUCAGGGCGCGUCUUCAGCUCCACCUGGCGGUCAACCCUGAACUGUGCAGACAAGAUGGCGGCGGCCCCCGUGAGGACGUUGUGUUGCUCAGUGCUGAGGCUCUCCAGCAGACAGUUCAGCACAACAUGUGGAGUACAAGCUGGAGAGAAAUGGAGGAAAGAACACGGACUUUCCCGAAGCGGCACAGAGUACGGCCCUCUGACAGAUCUGCCUGACUGGUCGUAUGCAGAUGGGAGACCAGCACCUCCUAUGAAAGGACAGCUGAGAAGAAAGCAAGAGAGGGAAGUUUUGGCUGUGAACUUCUUUCACAAGCUAUUUGACCCAUUAAAACCAGAGCGAAUUGGUUUGAUCUCUUUUGAAAUGAUGGGCGGAAAAAGGCUAGAAAUGUUCCAUUAA